CUCUAAUCCAAACUGUUUCUCUUUCUCUCGGCUUCCUGUGCACGCCUCGCCGACUGCGGCGAUGGCUGCGGCGGCGGAGAGGAAGGAGAAGAGGACGGUGGAUCCGCCGCGGGUAGUCGGGGAGUACAAGCUGCUGGAGGAGCUCGGGGUGGGCUCGUUCGCGAAGGUGUACCUCGCGACGCACAUCCGCACCGGCGAUGUCGUGGCGGUGAAGGAGAUCGACCCCAGAAGGAUCGACGAGCGGGUCCGCGGCGGAAUCCUCCAGGAGAAGGCCAUCCUCUCCACCCUCUCCCACCCCAACAUCCUUCGCCUCAUCGACACCAUCCAGGAGGAGAAUCUGUACCUGAUACUGGAGUACUGCAAUGGAGGCGACCUCGAGGGGUAUAGGACGAAGGGCGGGGAGGACGCCCGGUUGCCGGAGGCCACCGCAAGGGACUUCAUGCGGCAGCUCGCGGAAGGGCUGAAGAUACUGAGGGGGAGAUCAAUAGUGCAUCGUGACCUCAAGCCUCAGAACCUUCUGCUAUCAACUAAUGGUGAUCUGAUCACAUUGAAAAUUGGAGAUUUUGGGUUUGCUAGGUCUCUGGUGCAAGAAAAUUUAGCCGCUACAAUGUGUGGAUCUCCAUCAUAUAUGGCCCCAGAAAUUAUGCGAUGUGAGGAUUAUGAUGCAAAGGCAGACUUGUGGAGUAUUGGUGUUAUUCUUUUUCAGCUAGUCACAGGGAAAUUGCCAUUUCACGGGACUAAUAUAUUCAAGCUGAGGCAAAAUAUCCAUGAAUCUAAUGGCGUUAAGUUCCCUCCUGAAAUCAAGGAUGGUUUACAUCCUGAUUUCAUUGACCUGUGCAGUGGACUCCUACGUCUUGAUCCAAAGAAGAGAAUAUCUUUUGAGGAGUUCUUCAAUCACAAGUUUCUGUCAACAGCUGGGUCGUCCCUUGACUCUGGUGGUUCUGUUCAAAGGAAAAGAGAGACUAGCAGUGAGCCCCAUCAUCCUGCAGAUGUAUUAAAGGAUACAAGUCAGAUCAUUUCUUCUGAUGUUGUGAAAGUAAAGUCCGAAAGAGUGGAUUCAAGAAUUUUGAAAGCAUUUGAUUCAUGGGAGUGGAUUGAACGAGAAUAUGUACUUGUUCAUGCGAACUCUACUUCCACAGAAAUGUUGUCUUCACUUGAAAAGUCAAUGAAGGAUGGUACAGGCACAAAACCUGCCAGCUAUGAUAGGUCCACUGUCAAAAGGUCUUGGAACCAAAACAGAGAUUCUGUUAGUAGAAUGGUUGCUAUAAAAAGCAAUGGAUGCACUCCAUUGUCCACUUCCUGUGAAUCAACAACUGCAGAAAAUCUGCUAAGUCCACCUUAUUGUUACACAAGGCUUCAAGUCCUUAACCAGUAUAUUGUUGUUCUUACAGAACUCGCUGAGGAGAAGCUUUAUAAAGGGCUGGACCUGGAGGCACUAUCUGUUGAACUUAUAAUAUUAGCUAUCUGGAAUGAGGCCCUUAAUGCAUGUAGUUUAUCCAUGGAUGCUGCACAUGAUGGAAAAAUUUUGACCCAAGGUUAUGUCAAUUUACCACCUAAGAAUGACAAUCGUCCAUCUCGAAAUGUAGUACAAGGAUUGGAUUUUACCAGGCUGGUUUCUGUCUGUUCCUGGGCUGAAAGUGGCUUUAUCAAGGCAUGUGACCGUGCAGAGAAGAUAUCACAUAAGUUGCGGGACAACAAUGAUAACACUGAGAUGCCUGAUGCAGUGGAGAUCAUAUUCCAGACAGCUUUAAUUUAUGGGACAGCUGGUGCUGCAAAGGAACUUUUGGGGUACCAAAAUAGAUCAGCAGCGCUAUACUCAAAAGCAAUCAUCUUGCUCACAUUUGUAAUGCAGGAAGCAACUAAUUUGCCAUUGAAUCCACCGUUUUCCCUUUCAGCAUCUAAUCAGCAACGAAUCCAUGGGUACAUAGCAAAUUUGAGGAGCCAUCUAUGCAGUGCUCAGCUGACCGGACAACAGGAGAAAUCUAUCCACAACUAACUUUUGCAUGGGAACUAUUGGUGCACGAAGAACUGAAAUUAAAUUGAUUUUGUGUUAAACUUCAGGGAAGCUUGCUUUUGUUCCCCUGCAGUAUUAGUCUUUACCUCCCAACUUUUUUGUCUAUAGGAGGUGUUAAAUACAUGGGGAAACUUUUGUAAUGUUUUAAUUGCAUGACAUCAUAGUCCAUGUGCUCUUUUUUGUAUAUAACAUAUAAUAGCACUUAACCUGUACAGUUAUUUAUCAUUGAGCUGAAAUGACCUCUUGGCUAUGUAUAUGAGUAGCAUGUAAAAGUGAUCUUUUUUUCAAGUCUUGAACUGUUUUGCCUACUUAUUAUGGA